UCCACCAUUUAAUUUAGAGAUCUACAAAUCAUGGCUAACAAUUAUCAUACUAAGCUUUUCAUGGCUCAUCUUAUGAUAUUUGUUCUGUUUUUAUUAUUUUUUCAAUCUUGUGAUGCUGAUAAUCCUCAUUUCCUUACCAAAAAAAAAGGUAAUCCUCAUAUCAACCCUGAUUCUCCUUCCACCAUUUGCAAAUCUACCCCCCAUCCUAAGUUCUGUAAAUCAAUGCUCCCAACAACUGAAAAUGUCACUUCCAAUAAUGUCUAUGACUAUGGUCGAUUUUCUGUUCACAAAUCUUUAUCUACAACUCAUAAGUUCAUUUCCGAUAUUCAAAAAUACCUUAGAAAAUCCAAAAAAUUAACAAUUCCCGCGAUUCGCGCUCUCGAAGAUUGUCAAUUUUUAGCUGAUCUCAACAUAGAUUAUCUCUCAACCACUUUCAAGACUGUAAAUGAAACUUCCAAUAUUUUGCCAAUUUUGGAAGCAGAGGAUUUGCAAACUCUGUUAAGUGCCAUUUUGACAAAUACACAAACUUGUUUAGACGGUCUCCAAGAAAUUACCUCUUUUCCUGGGAGAAAUGACAUUUUAAACCCUCUAAAAAAUGACACACAACUUCAUAGUGUUUCUUUAGCUUUGGUCAAAAAAGGGUGGGUUCCAAAGAACAAAAAAGGAUCCAAAACUCACCCAAUUACUCAAAAGAAGUCAGCUUUCAGAAAUGGCCACUUGCCGUUGAAAAUGUCUGCAAGAAAUAGGGCCAUAUUUGAAAGAAUCAGCAGGAGAAAGUUGCAACAGCAACAAGAUGAUGACCAGGUUUUGGAACAUGAUGGCCAAGUUUUGGUGAGUGAUAUUGUGAUUGUAAACCAAGAUGGAAGUGGGAAUUUUAGUACUAUAAAUGAAGCUGUGGCUAUUGCUCCAAAUAACACUAAUGGUACCACAGGCUAUUUUCUCAUAUACAUUACUGCUGGUGUGUAUGAGGAAUAUGUCUCAAUUGCCAAAAAGAAGAAGUAUUUGAUGAUGAUUGGUGAUGGUAUCAACCAAACCAUUGUCACAGGCAACCAUAGCUACAAUGUUGAUGGAUAUACAACAUUUAAUUCUUCUACUUUUGCUGUGGUUGGUCAAGGAUUUGUUGCAGUUAACAUCACAUUCCAAAACACAGCUGGACCAAUAAAACAUCAAGCAGUUGCAGUCCGAAAUGGUGCAGAUUUAUCCACAUUCUACAGCUGUAGUUUCCAUGGGUACCAAGACACGUUAUAUGUACACUCACUCAGACAAUUUUACAGAGAAUGUGACAUUUAUGGCACAGUCGAUUUCAUAUUCGGUAACGCUGCUGCAAUUUUUCAAAACUGCAACAUAUACCCGAAACUCCCUUUACAAAAACAAUUCAAUGCAAUUACAGCACAAGGCAGAACAGAUCCGAAUCAAAACACGGGAAUUUCAAUUCAAAAUUGCACUGUAAAACCAGCAGAUGACUUAAAAUUCAGCAACAGUAGCACGCAAACGUACCUUGGCAGGCCUUGGAAGGAGUACUCGAGGACUAUGUACGCGCAAAAUUUCAUCGAUGGAAUUGUGAAUCCAUUAGGGUGGAGAGAAUGGUCAGGGGAUUUUGCUCUUAAUACGAUUUAUUAUGCAGAGUUUAAUAAUACAGGACCAGGUUCUAGUAUUAUUGGCAGAGUCAUUUGGCCUGGUUUUCAUGUUAUUGAUGUUGCUGAUGCUGCUAAUUUCACAGUUUCUGAGUUCUUACUUGGAGAUGAUUGGUUGCCACGAACUGGAGUGCCAUAUUUUAGUGGUUUAGUAUAGGAGGUUAAGUUAUAGACAUCGUCAGUGUAACCAUUGUUUUACAAUAUCAAGUCACUCAAAGAAGGAUAUAUAUAUUUACAUGUGAAUGUGGGAUUUGUAAUCUUGAAAAUAAGAAGUAUUACCUGCUUCAGCAAGUUCGUAAUCUUGAAAAUAAUAUGAAGUACCAGCUACAACAGGUUCUUCAAAAUCCGAUUACAUGCUACAACAGGUUUGUAAUCUUGAUGUAAGACCGAUUACUUGCUACAAAGAUUUAUAAUCUUAAAAAUAAGACGAAUUAAUGCUUUACAAUUUGGGAAUAGAUUCAAACUUAUAAUUACAAAAAUAGUAAAUACAGUGAUAUUUCACAUCUAUUAGAAUACAAAAAAGUUGCCUUUUAUUCCA